AUGGGCAGAUUCUCACACCAACGAGAAAAUGGACAACGACAGAACUACAACAACACCCCACAGAACAACAGGCAAGGCAGCCAGUACCCCGAACGCCAUCGCGACGGAGAGUGGCGCCGCGAUGAGGCUCGCGACAUCUGGUACGGCUGGAACUUUGAUCACCAUGGAUGGCGCAUCGUCGACGUCGAUCAACGCACAUGGGUCGAAGAAGUGGCCCGGCCGGUCGGCCCAGUCGCCCAGUUAGAGACCAAUUUUGAAGCCGAUCUCGAACCCAUGAAGCGUGAGAUGGCUCAAGACUUCAACCGCAUGAAGCGUAAGGUGUCUCAAACCAGCAUGGGCAAUUCCUCACCACCACAGAACACAGGAACUUCGCGUGGCAGGAAAUCGCAGCGCCAGCCCGAGUCUCAGCAGCCUCCGACCAAGUUCACAYAGCCUCCGUCUCCGCAUCAGCUUCAAGCCAAGCACGGCCAACCGAAGGACGAAUCGCAGAGCUUAAGCACCCGAGGCGGCUGUCAUCGCCAAUACCCAAACAUGUUUGAGCAGGGCCCACAGCAACCACAGAGCGUUGGAACCAACGCCUGGCAGCAGCAGAGUCAACUUCAUCCACGAAGCACAGCGCGUGUCAUGAAUGAGUCUCAGUAUCGUCUGCCUGCCGCUUCACGGCGCGUUGCUGCGCCUCGUGGUCGUUCCGACACUCGCGGUGAGGACAGCGGGUCACAGGUUCCUGUGCCUCCACCAGCCAGCAAACCGUCGCAAAAGCAGCAGCAACUGCAGCAGCAGCAGCAACAUACUGCACCGCGUUCCCAGCAGACCCCCAGCAGUCGCGGAGGCUUGGGCAGUCGUGGAGGUGCCCGGGGCGCCGCCACUCAACAGGCCGCUCCCAGCAGGUUCGACAGCUUUGAUGCCACUACAGCUGCCAACGCUGCCCGCGCCGAAGAGGAGAAGAAGGCUGCCCGCGAUGCCAAGGCUCAGCGAGGUGGCCGCUCUGGUCGAGGUGCCCACACCACAUCCACCCGAGGCCAAUCGACCAUGACGCCGCCUGGUAGAUUCCAGCGAAUGGCGUAUGUCGCCGCCAACGAUCGCGAUCUCUCGAUCACCGUGACSGAUCCUGAGAUCCCAACAACAUCAGAAGAGUUGGAGCAGUUCGUUACCGACCAGCACAACCUGCCAUUGUUUGGUCACAUCACCGAGACUUACUACCAAGAUGCUGUGUCGACGGAUCCUAAGCUUCGCCACAAUAGCGCCAACCAGUGGUGGGAGCAAAACCAGAACAUCAUCGUGUGUGCGCAAUGCACAGCUCUCAAGAAGUCGUGCGACCAUAAUGUCCCAUGUGGUCCAUGCGUGAAAGAAGGCUGGCCAUGCAAGAUAGCGGUGUGCAGUCACCCGAGUGACUGCUAUCUUGAGAACUGCCACAAGAUGCACACGCCACUGAGAGCGUGCAUCAUCGAGGCUGCGAUAACGAAAGGCUACUCGGGUAGGGACUUUGUCGACAGGUGGGUCAGAACCCGCACAAUCGACAUGGACCCGAUAGAAUACAAAACCCAGCCCAGAGAGUGGRGAACAACACCGUCAUCGCUGCCUCCGGUCGGAUCUGCGCUCCCAUUUGAUAAGAGUCGUGCACUGGAUCCCAACGCGAAGCCAGACUACGGCUACAAGACCAGUGAAGAGCCACGCUUCGUCGUCUAUUUGAAGCAGGGCACAGAUGCAUUCAAGAAUCGUGUCUUUGCAGACAGCGAGCGCAUGGAAGCGCUUGAGCGCCAGCGCAUACACACCGAGCAGAUCAAGGCACAGAAUGACAAGCGUCAAGUUGGCAACAACAUGGCCAAAAUUCUCGCCCUCGCCGGCGGUACGGAAGGCAUGGACGUCGAGGUCGGCGGCGGUGAAGCGACCACCUCACCACCGUCGAAGGCAUCGCGGAACGGCUUCGCAAAGGAGAACGCCAAGGCAGCGCAGGCGCACAAGACACCCGAGGCCCAGGCCCAGGCCGCCGAGGAGCGGGCGCGGAGAGUGAAGGAGCCUUCUAAGCCAUUCACUUUGAGGCUUGUCGAGGUGUUUGGUGAUGGAUCCUCGUCUGACAGCGACGAGGAUGAAUCCAUCUCCGGUGGUGUAGGCGCAGGCUGA